AUGUCAAAUGGUGGCAUUGGAAACGCCAUCAUGGACUCGUCCGGCACCAUUGACCCGUCGCACGUCUUCUCAGGCCCACCUCCCUCUGCCGCGCAGCAGCAGCAACAGCAGCAGCAGCAGCAGCAGCAGCAGCAAUCGCGCGGCUUGAAGCGCAGUCGCUCGCCCGAAAACAGCUACGAGCCCCAGGGUGAUGACACGCCCAACAACAAGCGCAGUCGCGGUCGCCCGUCAAAGGGCACCACGACGGCUGCUGCCAGACCCCCGUAUUCGGGCGCUUCACCUAAUCGCGCCUCGCAACCUCCACAAACCCCCUCGCAGCAUCCAGGAGGCACCGCGCCACCUGUGCAGACACCCCAGCUGCAGACAACGGCGCUGCCCAAGGCUUCUCCGCCCCAAGCUUCGCCACCCACCAAGCCCACGCCCUCCAAGCCCACGGUCAUCAAGGCGCUGCCUACAGUGCGCGACCACACGACUGACCAGCUCAACGCCGAAGGCGACGAAUACAUACCCCGCGAAAUCGACGAGGCCGGUGAGCGCAAGGUGACGCAAACCGGCCACCCGCUCGACGGCCGCGAAUACCGCUGCCGCACCUUUUUCGUGCCCAACCGCGCUGACAAGCUCUUUAUGCUCGCCACGGAAUGUGCGCGUGUCCUAGGAUACCGAGACUCGUAUCUGCUCUUCAACAAGAACAGAUCUCUCUACAAGAUCAUCGCCACCCAGGCCGAAAAGGACGACCUCAUCCACCAGGAGAUCCUGCCCUACUCGUACCGAUCCAGGCAAAUCGCCAUCGUCACGGCCCGCUCCAUGUUCCGCCAGUUUGGCAGCAGGCUGAUUGUCAACGGACGCCGUGUGCGCGACGACUACUGGGAGAGCAAGGCCCGGAAGCAAGGCUUCACCGAAGAAGACGCUGCCGGAGAAAAGAGACCCGGUGCAGCAAAGGCCAGAGAAGCGGCCGCUGCCGAAGCGAACCACGCCAACACCAUGGCCUCCUUCACCCACCCGGGCCCCUACACGGGUAACAACCAGGACUACCUGGGCGCUGGCAUCAACCCGCUGCAGCCCUUUGGCGGCCUCAAUCCCGCCCCUGGCAGCAUGCCGACAACCAGCCCGGAUGCAUACAGCCAGCGGCCCACGGCUGAUCUCCAGCCUCGCGAUUACACGGGCGUUCAACGUCCGCGACACGAAAUGCAGGGCGCCCCCUACCAAGACAUGACGAGGCCAAGCCCGUCUGGCGAGAUCCUCAAUGCAGCUGCCCAGACAGCCGAGGUGAACAAGCAGCUCGAGCAGCAGCGCAAGGCCCGAAAGGACUACUUGAACGAGGUCUGGACACGGCCGCAUGAGCCGCCGGUGCAGCCAAACCGCCCAGGCACUGCCGAAGGAGAGCAUGCGCCUCAAGUCACGCAAGCUGUCCAGUCGCCACGCAUGGCUUCGACGGCUUCUUCCAGCGUGCCAGGAAGCCAGUAUGCCGGCAUGUCGGCACAGACGCCACAACGAUCAGGCCAGCCCAUGGGUGCGCAGCCCUACCGUCCCUCGACGCUGCCUCCCAACAACAUGGUUCCUUCGCCCAUGGCUCAGCAGCAGCAGCAGCACACUCCGCUCCGCCCAGAGCAGAUGCACCGCCGACCACCGAGCAUCGGCAUGCCCCAGGGCAUGAGCGGCGGCAUGCUCCCCAGUGUGCAGCAAAACGCCAGCCAUGGAUAUCCUCCAUCGCACAUGUGGCAAGGCCCUUCGCAGCCCUCGCCGCUCUCGCAGCAGCACAACAUGCCGCAAUACGGCCAGCGCCCGCCCCAGCAGUCGCCACUGCCGCAACAAUCGCAGGUACACGCCUCGCCACAGCUUCACCAUGCCCAGAGUAGCGCGUCGAUGCAUGGUACUCCGGUGCAGCAAUACCAGACCAUGGGCGCCAUGGGCGGCUCAUUGCCUGGCGGGGACCCUGGGUACCAGUCCAUGGGCCAAAACCCGUACCAGCCAAGCCCGAGCCCUCACCAGUUCAUGCAGCACCAGAGUGCGGCAGCGCAGCAGCCCGGCAUGCCCGGAUGGGCUCCACCGCCGCAGGCCCCACAACAGGGAGGUUGGUCAUCUUACUAG